CAACCAGCGGGCGGGAUAUCCGCAGCAGUUAGUAGUAGUGAAAGCUAGCUCAGCUAAUAACAUGGCGAAGACUUACGAUUACUUGUUUAAACUACUUUUAAUCGGCGAUUCAGGCGUCGGGAAGACCUGCGUGCUAUUCAGAUUCUCAGAAGAUGCCUUCAACUCAACGUUUAUCUCAACUAUAGGUAUUGAUUUCAAGAUCAGAACAAUAGAAUUAGAUGGAAAGAAGAUCAAGCUACAGAUAUGGGAUACAGCAGGACAAGAGAGGUUCAGGACCAUCACGACAGCCUACUACAGAGGAGCCAUGGGCAUCAUGUUAGUGUAUGACAUUACCAACGAGAAGUCCUUUGACAACAUCAAGAACUGGAUACGGAAUAUAGAAGAGCAUGCAUCAGCAGAUGUGGAAAGGAUGGUCCUCGGGAACAAAUGUGAUUGCAAUGACAAGCGACAGGUGUCCAAAGACAGAGGAGAGAAGCUGGCGCUGGAGUACGGUAUCAAGUUCAUGGAGACCAGCGCAAAGGCGAACAUCAACGUCGAGAAUUCCUUCUUAACCCUCGCCAGAGACAUCAAAUCAAAAAUGGACAAGAAGCUGGAGGGCAACAACCCGCAGGGCAGCAGUCAAGGAGUAAAGAUUACAGAACAACCCAAGAAGAGCAGUUUCUUCCGCUGCCGGCUCCUGUGAGGAGCCUGGAGCGUCGGCAUCCACCAUCGCCUUAACUGUGUCCCCCACUGGACAGAACUGGACAGAGCACACUCGGAUCUCUCUUUUACUUCUCUUCACUUGUCUUCCUCCUUCUCUUUUUUCUCUAUUAGGAGAAACAAACGUUUGUCACUCUUUCGGUUCCCUUGACAACUGUGAAUCUAACUACUGUGGCCUCUGUUAGAUGCUAAAUCAGAUUUCUUUUUUUUUACGGUUGCUCAUUAGAUUCCAACUCCAUUCCUUAGAUUUUAUUGACUUUUAAAGACUGCCUCCUUGUGAGACACUAGAAACGAUCAAACCGUUACUACUCACAAUAAUGUCUGAUUCCCAGAUGGUUUCUUUCACCUGUUGUCAGUGUCACUUGGUGAAGUCUUUAUUUAUUCGAUCCUUAUCACUAGAUAAAAGUAGCCCGAAUAGAGUGCUGCAGGAAUGAGUCCAUAAACCUGUAAAUGAGUUAGCACUGUAGCACUAUCGGUUCCCUCGUCUCAAAAUCAAUGGUUUUUUUGAGUGGGUUUUUAGUUAGAUACCUGAAAUAAGGGUCUGUGGUUUAGCUUAAGAGAUUUAAUUGUUUGUUCUACGUUAUAAAAUACAACUCGGCCAAGUGAGUCGUGUAAUUGCGGUCCAGCCGAAAAUCACAAGAGUGGUGUUCAUUUGUGAAGAUUAUCUUGCUGAACAAAACGUGAAAGUAUCAUAAACGUUUGUUUGCCACAGAGCUUAUUUUCUGCAAUAAUCCAAAACCCAACGGAAAAAUCCCAUUGGCUUUAUGUCGAGGGACCCGGGGCGAUGCUAACUUCCUGGUUGAUCUACAAAAAUGCAUCAUCCCUGGAGCACUCUAUUAUACUUCCAGAAAAGACUUACUAGUCCGAAGGGCUUCCUAAUUUUGAAUAUACUCCAUCUCUCGAAUAAUGACAAUGAGAGUACAAUCCAAACUAUUAUACCACGUUUGUGUACUGACUUUUAUACAUCCACAUUAGGUAACAUGUAAAUAUAUAUCAUUGAUUAUGAUUCACCAUAGGAAACAGUAGUGCCAGCGCAUUUUACUCAUCAUAUCAACGUUGGGGUUUACAUGUUCCACCUUUUUUCUACUCAUCUUUCUGUUGAUUUCUUAGGCUGAAACAUUCCUCUUGUGAUGUGCAAUGUAAUGUGUGUGUGUGUGUGUGUGUGUGUGUGUGUGUGGGGCCCAGAUUAAGCCUGUCUUAAGUACUCACACGGUUGCAAUAAGACUGGGUUCUUGACCAAGUAUGCUUGUUUUAAGGGCACACAGAUUGCUUUUGUAGUGGCCUGCCUCAUCAUUUUAGGUAUUGCAAUUUCUAGAUAAGAUGUGAUUGGUGGGUAGAGGUUUAUUUGAUGCACUUCAACUGUUGGACUAGCAAUACCUGACUCUGACACCUGGAGGCAAUACGGUGACACAGAAGGAAUCCCAGCGAUGAUGAAAUCAUUGUUUUAUGCAUUCAUACUUUUCUUCCUGUUGUCAGUUCCAAUGGGGGAACAAUGUACACAGCUUGUUUUCUGGGCCUUGGAUAGGGGCUGUGCUGUAGCAGUAUUUAUGGAGUGAAAACAAAAAACAUAGCACCAAAAUGACAAAGUGCCCUUUUAUGUUCUUAUUGAUUAUUAUGCACUUUUUUUUGUCCUUUCUGUAAAAAAGAAGUUCUUAACAUUUGUUGACUUUGCUUGUUGCAAGUCUUAACUGAAAGCAAAGAAUAUUCAUGCACAAGUUUUCAAUAUCUGGGUUUCCUAAAAUCAUCUGAGCACUGAAACCUCGUCUUUUGAGUUGAUAUAAUGAAAAUAUACUGAAGGCCUUUGAUUUAGAGAUGUUUACCCCCCAUUACAACCUUCCUGUUAAUUGAUAUUUCACUUUUUCCAGCUACUUGCAUCCCCAUUGAUGUUUUUGGGAAUCCCAGAUGCACCCACCCCUCACCCACGAGUCUCCCUCUCCUCUCCCUCCUCUCUCCAUGUCUCGUUUUGGCCCAUUAACACGGCCAUCUGAACUAUGCAUUCUGGGUGCGUAGAAAACCUCAAAAAGCUUUGCACAUUUGACUUGACAAGCUUUAUUUGAGAUUAGGAAUGUGCAAAGGAUCCUUGCUGUUUUAUUUUCUGCUGUCACUCCAAAUUUUGCUCGGUUGAGCUGUUUUCGGGCGCAAAAAUAGGAACCAUUAAUUGAGACGUUUUACGAUGAGAUCAAAUCAUUUCUAGCGGUGCUGAGGAGUCUUUGAAUGGAAUAUGUAACUGCGUAGGUGUUAACCUGUGGAUUUAAAUCGUUGUUAACAUGGUUGGACUUUUGGCACAAUUUCGGUUUAACUGGCUCUCACAGAUUAAAUAAAUUCAUGGCUUGAGUUUGGCUUAAAUUUCAUCUGUACAAUGAGCUCAGUCAUUUGUAAUUCUCGCCAGCUAGGACUUUGCCAUGUUAACAUAUCUUCAGCAUUCCCUGACUAAAUUUGGAUUUCAUCGCUGAUUAUUAAAAAUUAUAUCGUGAGGAAUAAAUUAAAUAAUUCAGCAAUUGUAAAUAAGAUCUACAAUGAUUGUACUGAAGGUUCAUAAAUCUUAUUGAUCUACACAUUUUGUAGAUAUGUGUUUUGAUGAUUUAUUAAAAAUGAGAUUCUUAAAAAAA